AUGACUCUGCUGCCUGGGCGCUGCCCGACGGGCCCGCACCACUCCUGGGCAGCCCUGGGCCCAGAGCCUGCUCCCGCCCGUCCCCUUAUCUCGCCCGUCCCCUUAUCUCGCCCGUCCCCGCUGCCGGCCGUCCCCUAUCCCGGCUGUCCCCGCUCCGGCCCGGCCCUUAUCCCACCCGUCCCCGCUCUGGCCCGUCCCCUUAUCCCGGCCCGUCCCCGCUCCGGCCCGUCCCCGCUCCCGGCCGUCCCCUUAUCCCGGCCCGUCCCCUUAUCCCGGCCGUCCCCGCUCCCGCCCGUCCCCUUAUCCCGGCCUGUCCCCUUAUCCCGGCCCGUCCCUUAUCCCGGCCCAUCCCCUUAUCCCGGCCGUCCCCGCUCCCGGCCGUCCCCUUAUCCCGGCCCGUCCCCUUAUCCCGGCCUGUCCCCUUAUCCCGGCCCGUCCCUUAUCCCGGCCCAUCCCCUUAUCCCGGCCGUCCCCGCUCCCGGCCGUCCCCUUAUCCCGGCCCGUCCCCUUAUCCCGGCCGUCCCCGCUCCCGGCCGUCCCCUUAUCCCGGCCCGUCCCCUUAUCCCGGCCCGUCCCUUAUCCCGGCCCGUCCCCGCUCCGGCCCGUCCCCUUAUCCCGGCCCGUCCCCUUAUCCCGGCCCGUCCCCUUAUCCCGGCCCGUCCCCGCUCCCGCCCGUCCCCUUAUCCCGGCCCGUCCCUUAUCCCGGCCCGUCCCCUUAUCCCGGCCCGUCCCCGCUCCCGGCCCGUCCCCUUAUCCCGGCCCGUCCCCGCUCCCGGCCGUCCCCUUAUCCCGGCCCGUCCCCUUAUCCCGGCCGUCCCCGCUCCCGGCCGUCCCUUAUCCCGGCCCGUCCCCUUAUCCCGGCCUGUCCCCUUAUCCCGGCCCGUCCCUUAUCCCGGCCCAUCCCCUUAUCCCGCCCGUCCCCGCUCCCGGCCGUCCCCUUAUCCCGGCCCGUCCCCUUAUCCCGGCCGUCCCCGCUCCCGGCCGUCCCCUUAUCCCGGCCCGUCCCCUUAUCCCGGCCCGUCCCUUAUCCCGGCCCGUCCCCGCUCCGGCCCGUCCCCUUAUCCCGGCCCGUCCCCUUAUCCCAGCCCGUCCCCUUAUCCCGGCCCGUCCCUUAUCCCGGCCCGUCCCCCUUAUCCCGGCCCGUCCCCUUAUCCCGGCCCGUCCCCGCUCCCGCCCGUCCCCUUAUCCCGGCCCGUCCCCUUAUCCCGGCCCGUCCCUUAUCCCGGCCCGUCCCCUUAUCCCGGCCCGUCCCCGCUCCCGGCCCGUCCCCUUAUCCCGGCCCGUCCCCUUAUCCCGGCCCGUCCCCUUAUCCCGCCCGUCCCCUUAUCCCGGCCCGUCCCCUUAUCCCGGCCCGUCCCUUAUCCCGGCCCGUCCCCUUAUCCCGGCCCGUCCCCGCUCCCGGCCCGUCCCCUUAUCCCGGCCCGUCCCCUUAUCCCGGCCCGUCCCCCUUAUCCCGGCCGUCCCCUUAUCCCGGCCCGUCCCCUUAUCCCGGCCCGUCCCCUUAUCCCGGCCCGUCCCCUUAUCCCGCCCGUCCCCCCUUAUCCCGCCCGUCCCCCCUUAUCCCGCCCGUCCCCUUAUCCCGCCCGUCCCUUAUCCCGCCCGUCCCCCUUAUCCCGGCCCGUCCCCCCUUAUCCCGCCCGUCCCCCCUUAUCCCGCCCGUCCCCCUUAUCCCGGCCCGUCCCCCUUAUCCCGGCCCGUCCCCCCUUAUCCCGCCCGUCCCCCCUUAUCCCGCCCGUCCCCCCUUAUCCCGCCCGUCCCCCCUCUCCCGCCCGUCCCCCCUUAUCCCGCCCGUCCCCCCUCUCCCGCCCGUCCCCCAAUCCCGGCCCGUCCCCCUUAUCCCGCCCGUCCCCCUUAUCCCGGCCCGUCCCCCUUAUCCCGGCCCGUCCCUUAUCCCGGCCCGUCCCUUAUCCCGGCCCGUCCCCCUUAUCCCGGCCCGUCCCCUUAUCCCGGCCCGUCCCCUUAUCCCGGCCCAUCCCCUUAUCCCGGCCCGUCCCCUUAUCCCGGCCCGUCCCCUUAUCCCGGCCCGUCCCCUUAUCCCGCCCGUCCCCCCUUAUCCCGCCCGUCCCCUUAUCCCGCCCGUCCCUUAUCCCGCCCGUCCCCCUUAUCCCGGCCCGUCCCCCCUUAUCCCGCCCGUCCCCCCUUAUCCCGCCCGUCCCCCCUCUCCCGCCCGUCCCCCCUUAUCCCGCCCGUCCCCCCUCUCCCGCCCGUCCCCCAAUCCCGGCCCGUCCCCCUUAUCCCGCCCGUCCCCCUUAUCCCGGCCCGUCCCCUUAUCCCGGCCCGUCCCUUAUCCCGGCCCGUCCCUUAUCCCGGCCGUCCCCUUAUCCCGGCCGUCCCCUUAUCCCGGCCCGUCCCCUUAUCCCGGCCCGUCCCCUUAUCCCGCCCGUCCCCUUAUCCCGCCCGUCCCCCUUAUCCCGGCCCGUCCCCUUAUCCCGGCCGUCCCCUUAUCCCGGCCCGUCCCCUUAUCCCGGCCGUCCCCUUAUCCCGGCCCGUCCCCUUAUCCCGCCCGUCCCCCUUAUCCCGGCCCGUCCCUUAUCCCGGCCCGUCCCUUAUCCCGGCCCGUCCCCCUUAUCCCGGCCCGUCCCCCUUAUCCCGGCCCGUCCCUUAUCCCGGCCCGUCCCUUAUCCCGGCCCGUCCCCCUUAUCCCGGCCCGUCCCCUUAUCCCGGCCCGUCCCCUUAUCCCGGCCCGUCCCCUUAUCCCGCCCGUCCCCCCUUAUCCCGCCCGUCCCUUAUCCCGCCCGUCCCCUUAUCCCGCCCGUCCCUUAUCCCGCCCGUCCCCCUUAUCCCGGCCCGUCCCCCCUUAUCCCGCCCGUCCCCCCUUAUCCCGCCCGUCCCCCCUCUCCCGCCCGUCCCCCCUUAUCCCGCCCGUCCCCCCUCUCCCGCCCGUCCCCCAAUCCCGGCCCGUCCCCCUUAUCCCGCCCGUCCCCCUUAUCCCGGCCCGUCCCCCUUAUCCCGGCCCGUCCCUUAUCCCGGCCCGUCCCUUAUCCCGGCCGUCCCCUUAUCCCGGCCGUCCCCUUAUCCCGGCCCGUCCCCUUAUCCCGGCCCAUCCCCUUAUCCCGCCCGUCCCCUUAUCCCGCCCGUCCCCCUUAUCCCGGCCCGUCCCCUUAUCCCGGCCGUCCCCUUAUCCCGGCCCGUCCCCUUAUCCCGGCCGUCCCCUUAUCCCGGCCCAUCCCCUUAUCUCGCCCGUCCCCUUAUCCCGCCCGUCCCCUUAUCCCGGCCCGUCCCCUUAUCCCGCCCGUCCCCUUAUCCCGCCCGUCCCUUAUCCCGCCCGUCCCCUUAUCCCGCCCGUCCCCUUAUCCCGUCCCGUCCCCUUAUCCCGCCCGUCCCCCCUUAUCCCGCCCGUCCCCUUAUCCCGGCCCGUCCCCUUAUCCCGCCCGUCCCCUUAUCCCGCCCGUCCCCCCUUAUCCCGCCCGUCCCCUUAUCCCGGCCCGUCCCCUUAUCCCGCCCGUCCCCUUAUCCCGCCCGUCCCCUUAUCCCGGCCCGUCCCCUUAUCCCGCCCGUCCCCUUAUCCCGCCCGUCCCCUUAUCCCGGCCCGUCCCCUUAUCCCGCCCGUCCCCCCUUAUCCCGCCCGUCCCCCUCUCCCGCCCGUCCCCCAAUCCCCUUUACCUCCCUGGCACCUUCCGCCCCGUGGGGGAAUCAGGAGAGCUUGGUGGAGAGUGGAGCUGCUCGGAGCUGCCUCUGUGCCUGCUGCCAGCCACACUUCAGCACUGA